AUGAGUGGAAGACCAGAAACUCCUUUGCGCCGCACUUCUACUGCUGGACUAUCUCCAACAGACGCAAGCUAUUCGAGAACGCCCAGUCGUGGCUCAAGGUUAGGUGGCUCAGAAUUCAGGACCAAGACUCUGACACCCCAUGGGAGAGCAGCUUUGCGAGAAGUUGAGGCUCGACGAGCAGGAUUGACUCCAGGGAAGGAUAGAAGACGAAGUGGUAGACAGCAAAGGGAAACACCUCGAGAUGUAUUGCGAUUAUUGAGCAGGACUUUAGCUCCUCAAACCCGUCCGACAAUUCCAUCUCCUCAAAGAGCACCCAGCAACUCCAGAAGACAGACUUUACUUUUGGAUGACGACUUUGACGACGGUCCGAACCUUGUGCCCCCACGACUUUCCAUCCCCCUAGAUGACGACAAUGACGAAGAUGAUAAUGAGGAUGACGAAAGUCUUUUGCUUCCUAGUUUGGCGGCUUUAGAGGACGAAAAUCUGACCACGCGAUCUAUCGAGCUUUCAAGGAGAGCUGUCACUGAGAGACCGAGCAGGCUGUUCUCGAGGGGUAGUUUCGGGAGCAUCCGUGGAAGCGAUCAGUUCGGAAACUUGGACGAAGCAGACUUUGGACGAGAUGAAAUGGAAACAAGCUUCUUCAAUGCAAAUGAUUUUGAGAAUGAUGAUUUUCGAGAGAUGGCUAACUCUCCAUUUUUCGGAAGUGAUCGCGCAGGAUUACAGGGAGAAUUGGAAACCGCGUUGCAUCGCCGGUCUCUUCUACCAGGGCGAAGUAGUGAUAUCAGACCAUACAAUUCACCGUCCGAGGAAAGGGAUGCGACUUUUGUGUUCACAGUUCCGCAGCCCGAAAUACCAGCGCAAUUUGAACCUUCGCCAUCACCAGAAGAUACUUCAACUGCGAUGCCUAUUAUGGACGAAAUUUCUUCCCCUCCUGCCAAUUUUCAAGGAGAUGAUUUUGAAAUGGAUGAUGAAGCCAUGAAUGGUGAGAGUGACACUCGAAGACUGUCGGAUCUUGUAACGGACGAUGAAGCCAUGAAUGGUGAGAGUGACACUCGAAGACUGUCGGAUCUUAUAAUGGACGAUGAAGCCAUAGACGGUGAAGAUGGCACUCGAAGACUGUCGAUAGGAGCGUUCGAGGACUCCCGUCUUAGUGAUGACGAACCCCUUACAGUAUCCGUUCAAAAGGCGAUAUCAGAAAAUUCUAAGAGGACAUUCCAGAAGAAGGUUAACAAGGUUUCAAAACAUGGGUUGAAAUACAAAUCAUUACCUCUAGGUGUAGUGAAGAAACAUGCAAUCAGCCUGGCAAGGAUUGGAGCCGGCAAAGGAGACAAGCUGAGUGGGGAUGCUCUUGAUGCGAUCAUGCAAGCAACCGACUGGUUCUUCGAACAGAUUAGUGACGAUUUAAGCACAUACUCUGAACAUGCCGGACGCAAAACAAUUGAUGAGAGUGAUGUUUUAAUGUUGAUGAGAAGACAACGCCAAACCAAUGCUACAACAACGCCAUUUUCACUUGCACAAAGUCGCUUGCCUAGAGAGCUCUUACAAGACGUAAGAAUGGUUCCCCCCUUGAUUUCGAAAGACCGGCCCCGACCAAAACCACCCAGAAAAUGA